UAAAGUUGACAAAAAAGUAAGAAAAGAAUUUGCUUCUCUUGCUCUAAGUUUAAGACAACCGAGAAGAAAGAAGAGAAGAAAUUCUGGAAACUGGAAAGUACCCAAUUCUCUCCCUUUUGUUCUCUUCUUCUCCUUCUAUUUUGUUCUUUUCCCUUCUAAGACUUUCAAAAUCAUGACCUCACAGACCCAGACCCAGUAUUUAUUAACCUCUCAACUAUGCCAAAUACUGUUUUCUUUGGACCCCAUUGCUCCCUGUAUGGUAUUGUCACUUUCGAUUCUGUGAGUUAAAACUUGGAGGUGGGGUUUUGCUGGUCCAUGAAGCUCACGGGAUUUCUGUCGACAACCCGACCUUCAAUUCACUCACUCUGAUCCAAACCUGUAGGAAUCGGUGAUAAGAGAAAGAGAGACGAGAACGAUUCUGUGUUUUCUGAGGGAGGAAAUGGACGGCUUGGAUGGAGCGAGGAGGCGGAGGAGUCUGAAGGAACGGCUGGGAUUGAAGGGGAUGGGCUGUUGCGGGGCCAACUGGGGAUUCCGAGCCACCACAUUGAGAGGCGACGACGAAGACGAAGAAAGUCAACGAGAGCAGGUGGUCUAUGUGGGUCAGGCUCCGCCGGAGAUAAAUUCGGACCCGGAUUGUACGGAACCGGUUCAGGCGGGCUCGGGUAUGAACUUGGCGGCGGCUUUGGCGGCGGAGCGACACUUCCGGGCAUCGUACGAACCGGACCGGGCAUCGGAUGAACCGGAGGGAAUGGCUGCAGAACCCAUGGGUAAUAACCGGAUGGGUACUGGAACCGCACCGGGAACACCGUUGAGGGUGUCGUUGAUGAGGCUGCUUGAGGAAACAGCGGACGGUGGAGAUCGGGGGGAGGCGAUCGAGAAAGAGAAAGGACCCGGGGAGCUGGGCAUUGAUUCGGUGUGCUGCGUGUGCAUGUUGCGGAAGAAAGGGGCAGCGUUCAUCCCAUGUGGGCACACUUUUUGCAGGGUGUGUUCGAGGGAGCUGUGGUUGAAUCGAGGCUCUUGUCCCCUCUGCAACCGUUCGAUUCUCGAGAUCCUUGACAUCUUCUGAGAUCAUAGGCCACAGUGCCUCGUGAUCCCUGUGAGUGUCUUUAUUGGGAAGAUUUUUUUUUUUUUUUUUUUUAAAGGAAUUCAAUAGGUCUAUAUAUAAUUCUGUGGAACCUGAAUUUGAUGAAUUUGUUGUUACUUAUCGUUAUUUACGUGAAAAAUGUCAUAUUCAUUUCUAUUU